AUGACAGGCCAAGGCAUGAUGAGACUUCCAAGAUUCCGCACAGCACCGGAGGUAUGUGAGGACUUCCUUCGUGGCGUGUACGAGUAUGUAUCUGCAAAGCUGCGUCGCCAGAUGACCGAUGUAGUCUACGAUAAUACACCAAUGGAGUGCUGGGUGACUUUACCUGCGAUAUGGUCUGAAGAAGCAAAAGUUGCAACUUUGCAAGCUGCCAAGAAAGCGGGAUUUUCAAACCGUUCUGGAGAUGAGAUUUUCACAAUUGCAGAACCAGAAGCUGCCGCUAUUGCCACGCUGAAGAUGUACUCUCAUACCGAUUCAUUAAACAAGAUCAAGCCAGGGGAAAAUAUCCUCAUUUGCGAUUGUGGUGGUGGAACGGUCGACAUCACAACGUAUACAAUUGUGGAGGUUGAGCCGCGUUUAGAAUUUGAUGAGCUUUAUGUAGGAGUGGGUGGUAAGUGUGGCUCGACAUAUAUCGACCGGAAUCUGCACGCCUUUCUUUCCAAGCGAUUCGGUAGAGCCUUUGAUGAAGUCCCGGAUGCGCAGAAAGGUCCAGGGAGCAAAUUCAUGACAUGUUUUGAAAUGUACAAGCGUGACUUCGGUAGGAACGAAGAGCAAGAUGUGGUGGAACUGAGCCCACUAAGACUCGAAACGGAAGACUCAUUCUUCUAUGAUGAGGAAGAGCGAAUGGUGACACUUACUCACGAAGAGAUGCAGGGUUUGUUUGACCCGGUUAUUGACCAAAUUGUAAAUUUGGUGGAGCAACAAGUGAAAGAGGCGAAGGAGAACCGGAAGAAAGCGAUUGAUCGCAUUGUUCUUGUGGGCGGAUUCGGCGAGUCACCAUACCUCAAUAAGGUCCUGAAGGAAUGGUGUCAACAACAUGGAAAAAUUACCUUGCUAUGCCCAGAGCACCCAUAA